AUGAAACAAAUAUCCCUUAACAUUGAUGGAGUUUCAACAAAACUGGAUGAAUCUAUCAAUACGUGUAAUGGUUUAAAAGCAAGUUUAGCAUCAUUAACAAAACUGAUGAUAGAAGUUUUAAACAUACAAAAAUUUGCAACAAGUACAAAUGUUCAACAGGAGAAUCGUCCAGUAAUUGUAAGUCAUUUCCUUUUGUCUGAAUAAGUUAAGAAUAAUGUGGUUUCUUUUUCGGUCUGUCUAGACU